CGACGUGAGUAUGGGCGCUUUUUAAACGAUACGUUAUUUUCUGUUACAUUGUUGAGGAAGUGAGAACACGCGCUUAGAUCUGUGUGCGUAGAUUGAGGUUUACACUUUGGCGUCACCCCUCGUUUGUGUGUAUUAUUGAUGCGCGACAGCAGUAGCAGGAGCAGCAGCAGUAGCAGUAGCAAGUCGUCGACACCUAGAGAAGCAGUUCCACUAAUGGCCGCUGCGGCCCCCAGGGAAACGUCGCGCCGCGACUCGUUGACGGCCCAGGAAGAGGAAACGCUGAAAUACGGCGCCGAGCAUGUCAUCAAACUGUUUGUGCCCGUGUCAAUGUGUAUGUUGGUGGUGGUGGCCACGAUAAACUCGGUGUCGUUCUACAAUGUCAAAGAUGUGUACCUGGUGUACACACCGUUCCACGAAACCAGUCCCGAGCCUUCGACUAAGGUGUGGAACGCCGUGGCCAAUUCGCUGAUCCUCAUAUCUGUUGUCAUCGUCAUGACAGUGUUCCUAAUCGCUUUGUACAAAUAUCGAUGCUAUAAACUAAUACACGGUUGGCUCAUAAUGUCGUCGUUGCUUCUCCUGUCCAUGUUCACUUGUCUGUACAUCGAGGAGAUCUUACACACGUAUAAUAUUCCCAUGGAUUAUAUAACAUUUUUUUUGAUAAUCUGGAAUAUUGGUAUGCUAGGCAUGGUGUGUAUACACUGGAAAGGCCCAUUGCGACUCCAACAAUCAUAUCUGAUAUUCAUCGCUGCUCUCAUGGCACUCGUGUUUAUUAAAUAUAUGCCUGAAUGGACCACCUGGGUUGUGUUAUUUGUUAUAUCUAUUUGGGACUUGGUUGCUGUCCUCACUCCACGAGGACCUUUGCGCAUACUGGUUGAAUUGGCUGAGGAGCGCAAUGAACAAAUAUUCCCAGCACUAAUCUACUCGUCUACGGUUGUUUAUAUGAUGAACCGUUCAGAUAGUGUAGAUAGUACUACAGACAGCCAAAACGGAUUUACCAGGACAUGGGUCGAAGAACACCAACAGCCUCAGACUGAAGAAGUUAGAGUUUGUAGAAGACUGAUGGAUGAAGAAGAUAAAGGUGUCAAACUUGGAUUAGGAGAUUUCAUAUUCUACAGCGUUUUAGUGGGCAAAGCGUCAUCUUAUGGAGACUGGAAUACCACAUUAGCAUGCUUUGUGGCUAUACUUAUUGGAUUGUGCUUAACAUUAUUAUUGUUGGCUAUAUUUAGACGAGCUUUGCCCGCUUUACCAAUAUCAAUUACUUUUGGACUUGUGUUCUAUUUUGCUACUCGUGGACUUGUAAAACCGUUUGCAGAUAUGCUUGCCUCGCAACAAGUUUUUAUAUGAUUUUAAUUAAUUAAUUAAUUUUUCUUAUUAUUGUAUAACUAAAAUGUGUACUAUAAAUAAUAACAGUUACUAUCCAAAACAAAUACUUUUAUAAUUUUUUUUUAUAUUUACUAAGUAUAAUAAAAUGCAAUUUAAAUAAUAUUUUAAAUAAAUGAUUAAUUAUUAAAAGUUA